AUGUUGAUAUCUGCCUUUUUAGUCAUUGCUAGCAGCAUUGGGGCCGCUACUGUGGCCCCUAAGGCUCCUACUCUCACAUACCUCUUCCGUAUGAACCUCACUGUCAGUUCAACCAUCAACACUGGUUCAGGUCCAGCAGGAACUCGACUGGCCAUCCCAAUAACUGGCGGGACCUUGUCGGGACCCAAGGGCGAGGGAAAGGUGCUUCCUGUCGGAGCUGAUUUUGGUGCAAUCGAUGCUUUGGGGAAUUUCAAUGUUGACGCACACUCUGUGGUACAGAUGGAUGACGGAUCCUAUGUUUACAGUCAUUCAGCCGGCCCUUUGAUCUCGGGACCUACUGCUUUGGAUCGAAUUAAGUUUGAGACUGGAAGCAGCAAGUACUCUUGGCUUAACGAGAUUCUCGCUGUAGCUGUCACGGAUUUCCCAGGUCCCUGGGUAUCCCUUGAUGUUUGGCAGCUUCUUCCUGGAGGGGCAUGUUCCUGUGGAUCGAUCGGACGGAUCGCGGCCCGCCGGUUUUAUGCUCAAGACCGGUCGGACCAACCACGGCCCGGUGAUAUUACCGUUCAGACCGGCCGCACCAGGCUUUCCGCCAAAUCGGACUCUCUCGGUGGUGCGACCAUGACCAAACCGGCUCAGAAGCCUUGCCCUUCGAAUCUCUCUGGGCCUCUCUGGGCCAUGGCGUCCCACGCCCGAGCCACUACGUCUCCCUCUUCUAUCCCCGAAGGCGAUUCCACGAACGAGCAGAAACGGGACCCUAGCCCUUCAUCCGACACAGUCAUGACAGACGAUCCUGGCCAAGCAAUCACCGGACGCGAUCCUAACAGCAAAAUCGUCGGCUGGAACGGCCCAGACGACCCAGAAAACCCCAAGAACUGGCCGAAUCGGAGGAAGUGGAUGAUCACAGUCUCGUUAGGCAUGUUAACAUGGGUUGUGACGUUCGCAAGCAGCAUUUUUAGCACAGCAACCCGGCCUGCUGCGAAGGAGUUCGGCGUCUCAACAGAAGUAAUGACUCUGGGUACAAGUUUAUUCGUCCUGGGUUUCGCCUUUGGCCCCCUGAUAUUCGGUCCCAUGUCAGAGGUGUAUGGCCGUAAAUACCCGCUCUUUGUUGGAUAUUUCGUGUUUGCACUCUUCCAAAUCCCUGUAGCCACUGCCGAAAGCGUUCAGACAGUCCUUGUCUGCCGAUUUCUCAGUGGUCUGUUUGGCUCGUCUCCUCUCAGCGUCGUUGGCGGCGCACUUGUUGACCUUUGGCCACCGGUCGAGCUCGGUAUUGCCAUGAGCAUUUUCGCAGGCGCGAAUUUUGUUGGUCCUGUUGCCGGUCCCAUCAUGGGCGGGUUCAUCACCCAAAGUUCACUCGGCUGGCGGUGGACGGCGUACAUCACGGCCAUUAUGGCAGCUCUAUUCGGCCCCAUCGCUUUCAUCACGGUUCCCGAGACGCUAGAGUCUACCCUUCUGGCUAGAAAAGCUCGCGCAGUUCGUCUCUCGACCAGAGAUUGGGCUAUGCAUGCUGCUGUGGAAGAAAAGCCUGUCGAUAUCAGCGAAAUGGCGAACCGAAUCCUAAUCCGGCCGCUCGCCAUGCUGGUGUUGGAGCCCGUGAUCAUCCUCGUCACGCUCUACAUGUCCUUUGUAUACGGUCUCAUCUACCUUUGCUUCGAAGCAUAUCCAGUGUCCUUCGAAGAGGAUCGGGGCUGGAACAGUGGUGUUGGAUCUCUCCCGUUCCUAGCCAUAAUACUUGGCGUUGUCAUCGGGGUCAUCUUCAUUAUCGUCUUCUCCAAGACCCGACUCACACGCAUAAUCAAGGAUAAAGGUCAUCUGCCACCUGAGCAGCGGCUUAUACCGAUGAUGGUUGGCGGGGCAUGUUUCCCUAUUGGACUUCUCUGGUUCGCAUGGACCUCCGACCCUACCAUCUUAUGGGUGCCACAAGCCAUAUCUGGAAUUCCGCUGGGGGUGGGUAUCAUGCUUGCCCUCGCAGCCAACGCUGUAGUACGGGCCCUGUUUGGCGCAGGGUUUCCGAUGUUUGCAACCGCCAUGUACAAAAGGCUGGGGGUUGAUUGGGCCACCAGCGUUCUUGGCUUUAUAGCUGUCGGGCUUUUCCCAGUUCCAAUACUCUUUUAUGUCUUUGGCGAGAGAAUUAGAAAGCUCAGCCGAUAUGCACCAAGUGGCGGCCCUCCAUAG